AUGUCCGCUGCGUCGGAGACGGAGGCGCGCUCACCGGCGUCUCAAGGCGCAGAUGACCUAUUUGACGAGGAGGAGAACGACGUGCAUACGGCAUCGCAGCCUCUUCGUUUUGGCAGUCGUCAACGCGCUGCCGACAGUGAUAGUGAUGCGAACGACAACGACGAAGAGGGCCGAGGUCGUCCUGACCACGAAGACGACAUAGAUGACGGUGCGGCUGCGGAAAAGGAGGCUCUCGAGUACUUUGAGGAUGGCGAGGCGCCAGAGGCGCCUACGGUACAAGAGCAGACGGCAUGGAUGGCCCUUCCCCAAGUGCCUGUGCGCCGAACGAAAGAGACUGUGCUAGCGCGUCUGCCCAACUUUGUGCGAUACAGCGACCAGCCUUUCGACCCUGAGACAUGGAACGAGCAGGAAGAAGAAUCACAGCUGGGGCACGACCAGGAGAUUGGUGAUAAAGAUGCACGGAGCGUGCUGCGGACCAUGUCCACUGUGCGGUGGCGCUGGCGCCCCGUUGGCUCUAGCAAAACACCUGAGAGCAAUGCACGGAUUGUUCGGUGGAGUGAUGGCACGGAAUCGCUGCAGCUUGGCACCGAGUUCCUUGAUGUAACGCCACAUACCGAACCCAAUGUCCAUGGCGUACCGUUGACGUAUCUGUAUGUGCCGCACCCCUAUGAAGGCCUCUUGGAAGCAGAAUGUGCUGUGCGCAAGUCGCUCACUUUCAAACCCAGCUUGCAUUCGGAGACGCAUGCGAAAAUUGCCAGUGCCAUCCGGCAUCAACGUAGUGCGCGUGUGGUGGCCACCUCGGAAACGUUUGGCGCCUUGGACCCUGAAAAAGAGAAAGAGCGUAUUGAGCGCCAGCUAAAGGAGUCUGAAAAGCGCAAGCAUCGUGAGCGUAUGAGGAAGCUGCGUGAAUCUACGGACUACGAUGGCGACCUCGAUCUUGGUAUGCGCCGUCACGGCACACGACGGCGCCUGAACCGUCAUCAUGUUACAGAUUGGUCGGGCGACGAAGACGAUGAUGUCGGUGGCGCUGUGAACGACUACGAUGACGAUGAUGGGUUUAUUGUGAACGACGAAGACGAAGAGGGCGACGAUGCCAUGGAAGAGGAGGCCGCCGAUGCAUCCGAAGACGACGUAGAGCGGGCUGAUCGCGAUAUUGAAGAACAUGAGCGCAAGCGUCGUGAAGAGCACCAAUAG